AUGUGGACCGUCAAAAGCAUAAAAACCAACAGAUAUGGCAUCAUUUCGCGUUAUUUGUUGUCUUUGCAGCGGAAUUUCAGUUCCGAGAGGACAGAACGUGUCAUGGCGAUUCGGCGGGAAGAUAUCAACGUUUGGGAAAGACGUGCCCCAAUCGCUCCUUCUCAUGUAGCGGAACUUGUUAAUAAAGGAAUCAAAGUUCUUGUACAGCCUUCUACAAGACGGGCUUAUACGAUGGACGAGUAUGAGCGAGCUGGGGCCGUUAUUACGGAAGAUUUAACUCCUGCAAGUUUAAUUAUAGGUGUCAAAGCUGUUCCUAUCGAUCUGCUGAUUCCGAACAAAACUUACGCGUUCUUCUCACACACGAUAAAAGCGCAAGAGGCCAAUAUGCCUCUUUUGGAUGCUAUGUUGGAAAAGGUGAGGAAAACUUGAUUUCUUGCGAUAAAAAUCAGGUAGAAAUAUGAUUUAAUCCAUAUCAGAUAGGUCUCGACCUAUCGAUGAUCAACUAAUGGAGAAGAAAGAGCCUCACGUGUGUGAAAAUACGAAUGUGAAAGAAGAUUGGUAAGCUUACGGAAAACUUGUAGAUUAUCUGAAGGAAAUCUUAUUCUCUCGGUUCACUUUUUAUCUUCAUUUUUCACGCAGUUUUCCGUUAAAGGUAAACUCAAGUUCCUAUAACAGUAAACUCAUCUGCUGGCGAACAUUAUAUAACCUAUUGCUUUCGAACUUCCAUGGGGAACGAAGAAAAUAACGCCCACGGCUUUCUUUAUGAAAUUCUGUACAUGGUGGUUGUCGUAUAUUAUUUUCGUUCGUGAAAACCUAGAAGAGGUACCUAGUAACCUCCUUUCGUGAUUGUCUUUGAAUUUCACACGACUAAAACAAUGUACAUUGUAAGACCAGACACAUUGUGAAAAUUUAUUACAGUUGGGCCGUACAGGCGAUCUUUGUUAUAAAAGUACGCCACGUCUCGUUUUUGUCUUUCAGAAUAUACGAAUAGUUGAUUACGAGAAAAUGGUGGACGCAAAAGGCCAUAGAGUUUGCGCUUUUGGUAAAUUCGCGGGAGUCGGAGGUAAUGUCAUUUAUAACAAAAUGCUUCAAAGUAGGCACGUACUAUAAAAUACUGAAAUACUACUGUAGCUUUUCAACGUGGGGGUGUGUUCGGGGGCAUGUCUCCGUUUUUUAUAGCAUUUUGUCACGAAAUGUUUUUCUCUUUCAAAUGGUUUUAAAAAUCACUAUUUCUCUUUUCCCAAGAAGCUGUUUACUUCUCCUUGAAAUGGUUACAUGUAGAUGCAGUUGUAAUUUGGUAUUUUAAUUCUGUAAAGAGCCUCCAAAAUUUGAACAAUAAAUAAUUAAUACAGGCCUUUGCCAUUAUGAAUGAAUGAGUACAUGGAUUAUCCUUUAUUGUAAUCAAGCAGUAAACCUGCUUGAGGGAUCGUGUAUAUAACUAGUAAAGUAAAAUGCAUUCUUAUCUACACUAAAACUUAACAUAAUAUUUUAGAAAACUGAAAAAUGCUCAUAAAAUUCCAAAGAUGAUAAGAUUGAUUUCAGUGUCUGCAUUGCUUAUUUUAUAGGAAUGAUAAACAUUCUUCAUGGACUUGGUUUGCGACUUCUUGCUCUUGGCCAUCACACCCCUUUCAUGGUAUGGUAUGUUUAUUUUAAAAUACACGUAUGGAUUGAACACCAGCUUCACAGGCUUUUCAGGGGUUUCUAGACAAUGAGUGUUAGCUGAUCAGGAAAGCUGAAAACAGUAAUAAACAAUGGUAACUUAGUAAGCCAGUAAACAUGUAAAAUAAUUUCAUUAAUAACUCCAGGAUGAAACACGGGACGAAAAAAGGGAUUUGCACAAAUUUGCUCCUUGCAAAUAUUUCCGCAAAUAUAUAAAAACUGAGGGGUAAACAUGUGGCAAACAUGGUAAAUGCAAGUCAUUUACCAAGAUAUUUACACCCCCUGUUUUUUGGUAUGUAAAUGUGGCAUUUACCAUCUUUGCCGUAUAUUCACGCUUCGGUUCUUACAUAUUUGCAAGAUAUUUGUGAUAUAUUUGUAAGGCGCAAAUUAUAUUUUGUACAAAUCCACUUUCUCAUACAGUGGAACUUACUUGGGCACAUGUACUUGUUUACUUGUUUUUAAUGUUUGUAUGCCUGACAUAAUACAAGGUGCAUCUCGUUGGCUGUGUAUAACAAUAGUCCUAUUCAAGAGUGUAAGAAAAACCAUAGAGCUCUAUAUCCCCACCCUCCCCCCCCCAGCUGUGUGUGUGCCACAAAUACAUGUGCACCUGUGGUCAGUUUAAUACAACUUUCACGAGUCUAAUUUACAAGUGUAGCUAUUUUUUAGUGUCUGAAAAUAAUAACUGCACUUGUAAAUUAUACUUGUAAAAGUUUUAUUAAAUCGACCCCAAGUGUAUAAACAGUAUCUUCAGGUAUAGCCUUAUUACUUUAUUAAUUAAUUGAUUAAGGUAUAUGUGGUUUGUUGUUUGUUUUUUUCUCAGUAUAUGGGUGCAACUCAUAACUACAAAAACAGUAGAGCUGCUAAACUGGCCAUCUAUGAGCUUGGAGAAGAUAUAAAGGCUGGCAAACUUCCAGCCCAUUUCGGACCUUUGUCAUUUGUGUUUAGUGGCUCGGGAAAUGUAUCACAGGUGGGCUAUGCUAGUACAUUUGCAGUACAUGUAAGUCACUGGCUUUUCUGAUGUUCUGUUGCGCACUGGGCUAUUUUGCGAGUUGCAUGAUAUUUUUUUAAGUCUUAUCACAAUAAUAUUGAAAUCAGGUAUCAUAAUGUCCAAGGUGGGACUGGCAGGUUCCACAGGCUAGGAAAUGAGCUUAUGCUGUGGUACCUGCAUUAUUUUUACCCCUUAAUUUAUUCCAUGGGCUGUGCAACUGAAAAUAAUCAGUACCAGAAUCGUAGAGUUGUAUAUGUAUUUGGAAUGCAAAAAUUCUGUAAGAUCACUUUAUGAUUUGAAAAUUUUUAGGGUGCUCAAGAGAUGUUCCAGGAACUUCCACACAUCUAUGUUGAGCCAGAUGAACUGAAGAAAGCUAUUCAGAGCACUGGUAUGAACAAUCAAAAAAUAGAUGAAUAAAGAAAAUGAAAAGUAGAAAAAUGAAGUGCCUGAAAAAAAAGAAAAUCUCCUUCUUGCCCUUCUUCAUAUUUCAUAAAAGAAGUUAUUUUUUUUAGCAAAUUGUUUAGCAAAUUCAUCGAAUGUGAUGAUCAUCAUGCCCUUAGUAAUUCUUUGUACCUAUUUGUAUAUAGAGUAUUAAUAUUACAAGGAGAAAUUUGAUCUAAAAGGUCAAGGGUUACAGGUCUUUUUCCAUGCACCCAUCAUGCAGGCAUGCGCAUCUUAAGUUUAAGUUUUAUUUUCUGUAUUUAUUUGAUUUGUACUUGGGCAGGUCAAUGUGCCUCAUAAAUUGGUCCACUUCAUGUGUAAUGGUAUCUUACAUGUAAACACCAAAGUAAACAUCAUUGUAAUGAUGAAAAUAGAAAAUAAUAAUUUUUGUCAGUGACUACGUAUAUAUGUGCAAAAAAUGUCCCAGAAACCAUACAGUGAAUUUUGAGGGAAAAAAUGGCACAGCAAAGCUCAAAAGGCCAUUUUAUGCAAGCGAUUUGGUGCCCCUUGCGGAGAACGGGAGAUCAGUCAGGGUGCAAUAGUAAUAGCAUGUGCUACAGUUCUUUUGUGAUUAGAAUUCUUUAAAAAUUUUCGCUUGCCAGGCAGACAAUUUAAGAACAGAAUUCACCGGCCCGAUAGUAAAAUCCACCAGCCCCGGGCUAUCGGACAUGACUUUCUUUGCACGCUGUCAGUGCUGUAUCAGGGAGACUCCCGGAUAAUUCGGGAGAAUUGGCAUACGUGGCAUUGUACUUGUACAUUUUGUAUAUUCAUAAUUUUUUAUGGAGCUAUUGAUUAAAUAGAUAAUUAACUUCACAGAUCAUCGCAAAGUGAUUGGUACAGUAGUUAGCCGUGAAGACUACCUAGUACCUAAGGCUGGCGGAGUGUUUAAUGCAGAGGAGUAUGAUGCACAUCCCGAAAGAUACAGAUCGACUUUUGCUGAAAAGGUUUUUAUUACUGAUGUAGAUCUUGAUUUUACUACAUUAAAUUUCUUGAGGUAUAUACAUGUAUAGUCUGCAAUUAUAGCUAUUUUUAUGUCAUAUGACUGGUAUAUAAAAACGAAAACAAGAUUAUUCUGAGCUAAAAAAAAUAUAUAAUUACUAUUCUAAAAGCUGCUUACACUGCUUGUUUACUUCCUCUGUACAGAUCGCACCUUACAUGUCUGUCCUAGUGAAUGGGACCUAUUGGGCUCCCAAUGUGCCACGCCUUCUCACCUAUGAUGAUGCAAGGAAUCUGCUAAAGACAAUGAAGAGAUCAAGUGCUUAUGAAGGAUGCCCUGACCUUCCACACAGAUUACUGGCAAUUUGUGAUAUUUCUGCUGACUGUGAUGUAAGCACUUUGAAUCAAGUGAAGUUGCUGGGUAACUGACCACCUACCCCUCCCCUAAGUCACAGUUUUACCGAAAGUGAGAAGUAAGUGUUAAUGUUGACUUUUAACUCUAGAAAUUCACCAUGGAUCAACUGAGAUUCCAGCCCUUUUACCUUUUGUGGAAAAACCGUUUUCAAUAAAUUUUGUGGUCUUCAUCGUUUUGAACUAAGUUCAGCAGUAUUUAUUUUUCCAUUUUGCUUUUCUUUCCCUAUUUAUUUUUUAAUUUCAUCUGUAAUUUUUUUAUUUUGCUGGUAAGUUACUUAAGCUUCAUUUUGAUGGGUGACGUUUCUAGGAAAGCAUUUAGGAUCGUAGAAUUAGAUGGAAGGAAGUGUGGGUGUGUGGCAGAACAAGAUUUUCAUCAGAAUUUUCGGGUCAGCUGUACAUGUUUUUUCGCCUUUUCCUUUUUCCUCUUUGACUGGAUUGUGCUUAUUCUGUUAGGCUUGAAAAAUCUCUUUCCCCCUAAGCAAGUUAUUAAAAUGUCCUAAUGUCAUUAGUAUUGAUCAUGAUAACGUCACAAGCGAUACAAGAGACAUGGAUCCACAUGGGUGGAUAUGGGUGGUUCAAUGGCGAGUGGGUGAAUAAUAAUACUUUGAGGUGUUUUAGACUGGGAGCUGACAUCCUUCUUUUCUCAGAGCCACCUGCUGCAAGCACAAAAGUAGACUUUUGUGAAUGAAAGAUUGCAUGCACAUGCAUAUACAGAAGGCAUUGGGAGACCAGGGAGGGUCAAGAAGAUAGUUGCUUUAACAAUACAAAAUGGUCAGUCAAUUUAUUGUCUUUAAGGGAAUUUUCAUUAGACAUUUGUUAAAUCCAUUUUGAAAUAAAGGGUUUUUAAAUUUUUAAAUUACCACCAUAGAAUACCCUUUAAAUCCUGUAUAAAUCCAUGUGCAUCCCAAAUUGUAUUUUCUUAACCUUAAACUUUCCAGGGUUCAAACACAUUUAAUUAAGGGGGGCUUAAUUGACAGAAUGUACCACUAUAGAAUACCCUUUCCACCAGUAUAACAUGAAGACAGGCACCUCUCAGAUUGGGUAAUGUAUUUAAAAAUUUAAUUGAGGGGGCUUAAUUUAAAUCCUCUUUUAAUUACCCCCCAAGACAGGGAUCCCCAGAUUGGGGGCUUUCAUCCUUUAACAUUCAAAACUUAUUUAAACCAGUUGGGGGGGGAGGGUUAAUAGAGACAGGGGACUUUAUUGACCCUUAUUUAAUUUAGCAAGGAUGAUGGUAUCAGUUCUCCACUAAAGAACUAUAAUAAUACAUGUAAAAAGUAGAAAAGCUCAAGUACAAGAAGUUGGAGGUCAUGUAGAACCUUGGUUCAUAAUCCUCAUUUUUGGCGGUCAGCCACCCUAACUUUUUAAGUCAUAGAAUUGUAGUCAUCAUAGCACAUUCAAAAUGAUUCUCUUUUUCUGAUUGGCUCAAUUCCCAGCUAAUUUUUCAUAUCUAGGGAUUGAGCGUUAUUUGCUAUUAUUUUACAAGUCCCACAUGGCUCUUGCGUCAAUAAUGUAAUUUACAAAGACAGAAACAGGGAAACAGAUGUCAGGCAAAAAAGGAGCCGGCGGAGGCUGAACUUUUUUACUCUUCGGAACGAAAGAAAAUAGCGGAACUCAGAUAUCACAAGCAGAAAUAGUCGAUUUACUGUUUCAAAAUCGAGCAGAGAACGCACAAAAAAGCACUCGUUCGGAGACAACUAAUCUAUUUUAACAUCCCGGGCUACAUAGUAUUAGAUGUUUUGCAGGACGGUUUUAUUUGGGCUGUCCAUCAAUGUUUCCUUUAAACUGCAGAAUGGCUGGAGAUGGCGUUCUAAUUUGUUCCAUUGACAAUCUUCCUGCUCAGCUACCAAGGGAAGCCACUGACUAUUUUGGAAAACUUUUGGUGCCAUGGCUUGCAGAAAUGGUGAGUAAACUCCGUUACUUCUGAUAAUUUGCUCUACAUACAUACAGUUUUGCAAGGCAUCGAAUUUGUGCAUUUUUUCUAAGGCUUUCCCCAUUGAACUACAUGUAAUUCAAAAUUAGAAAUUUCGUGAAACAAAUUUUACAUACAUAUACACCGUUCUGAAAAUUAACUGGGGCCGAUAUUGGCCAAGAUUAAUAGAUUCUGACUGAGUUUUGGUCAAGAUAUUGUCAAGAUAUCAAAUCGAAGGUGAAUGACUUAAAGUCGAACAACUAAAUGUACAGGCCAUCAUCGAUACAAGACUACAUAACUGUACUGGCCAACUUCUCAACCGAUUAAUCCAGCUGCUACGGUAUAGUCAGUGUGAACAGCAUUUGCCUGGGGCGGUGCAAGGAUUUAGGGUCAAGUCGCCCGAAAGUCAUCUCGCCCCAAGUCAUGUCGCCCGAAACCAGAGUCAUGUCGCCCGAAAUUUAUAGUCAUGUCGCCCAAUAUUUUGAGUUAUGUCGCCCGAAAUUUGUUCUUCACAUGCAUCGAACAUCUUGCCUGCAUGGUUGGCUGAAAGGGUUUUGUGCACUAAAUCCUUGUCCUCAUUCCUGAAUAUUAGAGAGCUCAAGCAACGACGACGGCGAAAAAACAAUAGGUUUUAAGAUGGGCAGAACAACAACUUUGCACGUGCAUCAUGCUUUUUUGUACAUUUCUUAGCCGUCGUUGCACGACUACAUGUACAACGUGAAAGUGCGUAAUUUCAUGUUUGUCGACGACGGGAACGCGCGACAACAAGUUUUUUUUUGCCCGAACUUUGAUACAGUCCUUUAGAAUUCAACUCCAAAAACAAAUUUACAACAUUUGACGAAUUAAAUGAGAUGGAAUAAGCGCGAUAAAGUUUGAGGUAGCGCGAGUUCACUUUUUAAGUGACGUUUUCGUCGCCGUAGCCGUCGCCGUAGCCGUCGCCGUAGCCGUCGCCGUAGCCGUCGCCGUCGCCGUCGCCGUCGCCGUCGCCGUCGCCGUCGCCGUCGCCGUCGCCUUCCUUGUUGCUUAAGCUCCCUAUUUACGUCUCCGUGGUUUCCAGUCCUCGCUCCUACUCAUUUACCUCCGCGACGGGCCAAAUAGGUGUUCUCACUAAACCAAAAUAUGGCACAAAACCUAUCCGAUAUGCGACGCUUCACGUUUGAGAUUGGCAUGGCACAGAGUCGUUCCAUCACAGAAAUUGCGCCGCCACAUUUUCGUGGCCCGCAAAAUCUCAACAUAGCCUCAAAGCAGGCCAUGUUAUUUGCAGAGGCGUCUGUUAACUUAAUCUUGAUGUGCAAUAACCAACUUUGCCUUAUUAAUCCUAUCAUCCAAUACUUACAGUGAUUGUUUUUAGAUUGAUUCGCAUGCAACCGAGCCCUUUGAGGAUCAACAUCACUUAUCUGACACUGUCAGAAACGUGAGUGUUCAUGAUUUUGUUCUAUGAUAAUUAUAGCCUUUGUUACGUACUGUAUUUUGUGUUUAACAUCGGUUAAUAAAGUCGGUGGAUGGAAUCUUUACUUGUAGGUGUCAUAAUUAAUGUUGUUAUAUAUAAUGGUAUGGAGUGGAGUGCAUAGCAGCAUUUCAAAAUCAGAGGAGCGCGCAGCGCGAGUUCGAUUUGAAAUCACAAGUAUGAUUUCAGACCAAAAUUGCACGACACCAAGAUCAAUUACCACUUUAGUACAGCCAUUUUGAAAUCACAGAAUUCAAUCAGUACCAAUAUUUUAUUAAGCGAGCCAAGAUAUAGCUUCGCAAAGUUGAAAAAAUUUACAGAUUUGUACGGUUAAUUUUCAACAAACGUCUGUAAAAUUUCGCGACUUUGAGGAUUUAUGUCUUCGUUAAUUUUUAACAAAUCACUUUCAAACUUGGCACUUUUACUAAUUUUAAGGCGCUCUUUUCAGUGGUGUGGACGGAUUUUCGUUAACUUGUCCAUGUCAAAAGUUGAAAAAAACCGUGAAAAGGUCUCUACCCAGUUUUUGCAAAUACUUUUAGUUACUACGGUGUAUGUAAAACGUGAAGCUUAACCCUUUUUGAUUUCCUUCAACAGGCAAUAAUCACCUCUAAUGGAUCACUGACACCAAGCUACAAAUACAUAGCUGAUUUAAGAAAAAGGUAAACAAAUAAACAGAAAAUAAUAAUAAUAAGAACCAAAAACAAACUCAACGAAAUCGCACGAACAAUUGCCUCUGGUAACGAGAGAGACCUCACAUCGCUAUAACAAACUCAGUGUCAAGGUGGAUUUUCCCUCUAGCGCAGUUUUCACGUGCGUACGCACGUACGUUUUACGCGAGUUAAUAGGGAGCUUAAGCAGCGACGUUUUUGAGCGACGCACGUCAACCGGAAGUGAGGUAUUUUCCCUCUUAACAUGCCUUGAUGAUAUAAAAUUUGUAUUCCUUAGCUUCUUUACUGUUAUAGAGGCGAUUUGACUGAAAAUUUGCGCGAAACCACCGUCAAAAAAUGAAAAAAGGCCACUUCCGGUUGACGUGCGUCGCUCAAAAACGUUGUUGCUUAAGCUCCCUACUAAAAAAGAGGCAGUGUCUGAAGCGUGAAAGUCGAGCGAGGUCCAACUUUAAUGUUCACUCGCACAAGUGACCUUUCAUGCGUUGCCUGUACUUGUCUUUAUUUACCUACGUAUGAACCGGUGUUAAAAUUACACGACAGUGGGAUCCACCCUCACUUUAAGCAAAUGACUCUGUCUGAAGGCAUACUGUGGUCUGUUUGAAUUGAUGUAGACAAGAAGAAGCUAAAGCAAGAGCACUAGGACCAAAUGUUUCAGUGCCGAUCAAACAGAGGGUCCUGCUACUUGGGUCAGGUUUCACGGUCGCUCCUUGCGUUGAGUAUCUCACAAGAGAUAAGAGCCUGGCUGUCACAGUUGGUGAGUAUAAAACCUAAAUCCGAUUUUGGAUCCAUUUAAAACGUUCAUCGCCACUCUCUAUUAACCCUUUAAGCCCCAAUAUCCACAAGCAAAUUCUCCAAACUGAUCUCUAUACACUUCUUUAAAGAAUGAGUUGAGAGAAUUUUAGAAAAGAUCAAAGCAGUUUAUCUUUGGUGAUCACUUAAUUAAUUCUCAUAACCUAAUCUCUUGACCUGGCAUGGAUAUCAUUAGGAGAAAAUUGAUGUUGGUCACUAUUGGGACUUAAAGGGUUAAGCAAUUUGUUUUAUAGAGACUUUCAACAAAAGACGCAGCGUGACGGAUCAGUUGGAGUGUUGGGCUUGCAAUUCGGAGAAACCGACUUCAAUCCGCGCCCUUAUAUAACUUGCUUACUGGAUUGUUCUAGGCAGUCCCGAGUUCAGCUUCACGGCCACUCUUGUAAAUAGCCAACUUGUUUGCCUGCUGCCAGUUAGAUCGGUAGUUAUGUUCGCCAGUUGUGUGGGUCGUCAUGUUGGUAAUUUUUUUGGUAAUGUAAAUUGUUUAACAGCUUCUGAUCAAAUCAGUGAGGCCGAAAUAUUGGCAUCUAAGUACAAGAACACGCAUCCAGUUUUGCUUGACGUCACACAGUCUGAGGAGAAGCUAAAAAAACUGAUCCAGCAACAUGAUGUUGUAAUCAGGUAAGAUCAGGGCUCGACACUAACAACCCGUUUCAGGGCUGCCAUCGGGCAAGAUUUCGGGAAAGUAUUUUUUAAACAGCCAAAUGCCGCUUCCUUAUAAACGUCUAAGUUUCGCGUUUUUCUAUCUCCGCCAUCUUGGAAUUUAUCUUGGAAUCGUCAGUUGAGAAACGAAAUGGAUGAUGCAAUCGACUCUCGCCAUUUUGUUUCACAUGUGGACUAGUAAAUAAAACAUGACCGUUAACAAAGGAAACUCGAAAAAUUGAUGAAGUUGACCAAGAAACCAACAAAGGAGGAGAACAGACUGAAAAUCAAACAGCUGGAGCAUAUUCGAAGCAAGCGACGCCACGAUGGCUUAAGGAUUUUCCAUGGCUGCAAUACAAGGAAGAACAGAGUCUUAAUUUUGUUAUGUUUCUACUAUGGAUAGUGGAAAAUAUGAUUCUUUCAUUUUUGGAAAGUAAAAUUUUACUAUGGAAAGUAAAUUUUCAUAUCUACUUUCCACAGUGGCAAGUUAUGUCAAAAGUUAGUGUCGAGCCCUGAAGAUGACUGUAAGUUCAGGGCGGCCACUAAGAUUUCAAGUUGCCGCAUAUAAACAUUUAGUAGAGUUGGAUUUGAACAACCAGGAAGCUCCUUUGGUUCUACAGUAGAACCCCAUUAACUCGAACUCUGAAGGGAAACGAAAAACAGUUCGAGUUAGCGAGGAAUUCGAGUUAUCGGGGUAAUUUUCAGUGAAAUUUUGAUCAAGGGAAAGGAAAUUUAGUUCAAGUUUGCCGGGAAUUGGAGUUAUCCGAGUUCGAAUUAUCGAGGUUUACUGCAUUUUUUUGUUCGCCAAGGGUGAUACCCAUAGUAACCGACGACGAUGAUGCUGGCGAAAACGUCUCUUAAAAAGUAAAUUAACGCAGUUUCAAAAUUCCUUGCACUUGUCUCAUGUCGUUCAAUUUGACAAAUGUUGGGGAGUUGAAUUCUAAAGGACUGUAUCUGAGUAUAAAAAAGAAUUUAAGCAAUCGUUGUCUUUGUUCAUGCCUGAAGAAUAUACGUGAAAUAUGGCAGUUUCACGUCCUGGUCGUGCAACGACGGCAAAGAAAUGAGCAAAAAAAGCGUGACGCACGUGCAAAGACGUUGUUUUGCUAAUCCAGACCUAUUGCUUUCUUGCCGUACUCGUCGCCGUUGUUGUCGUGGUCGUCAAAGCUUAAGCUUCCUAAUUACCGGUCCCCGGUCCUGUAAGCCCCGCUAGAUAGCCGAGGGUAAGAAGAUUGGGGUCAUAGCCAAAGGAAAUUCCCUAUGGGGGAAAUGCCUCGUGAAAUAAAUUUUUAAUGUGCAGCGGUCUUAGCUAGAUGAUUUUUUGUUGUUGCUACUACUAAGUCACCUGUUGAUGCCCUCUCCUUCCCCAAGAAUAGCCUGAAAAAAACAGCCGACAUUUUGCGACGCAAAUACUGGUUUCUCCUCGAAAUUACGUCUGAGGAAAACGAACGCAGCACAGUCCCACGCUGAUGACGUGUCACUACCAAAAUAUGGGUAGUAUUUCUGAUUGAUCGCUGAAACGUCGGCUGUUUUCUCAAGCUACGCGAAUAAUGGUUUGAACAGACUGGUUGGGUAUAUAGACUUCUUCGAAAUCAACAUUAAAGUGGGAUGGGCGGGAAAAAAAUCGGCAGGUGUUUGAACACUAUGAUCAAGAAAGUGGCCAGUGGCCUGAAGAUGCGACUUCAUCUUGACAGUUACUAGUUCUGGUUACAAUAGUUUCGUUUCUUUUUCUUUGUAGCUUGCUUCCUUAUUCGUUACAUCCUGUUGUGGCAAAGAGUUGUAUCGCUCACAAAAAGAACUUGUUAACUACAAGUUAUGUGCUACCUGCAAUAGAAGAAUUACACCAGAGGUAAUCACACUGAACUUGUCUAUUUUUGAAGAUGCAUUCAAUAGAAACUUGCUUUUUUGAUAACUGAGUGUAAAUUGUUACCAUUGAUAUAGUGUAGGUCCUAAUAAGGUCUGUCGCUGGUAGUGGUUGACGUUCCCACGACCUGUGCGGAAGUCAGCGUCAGAGUCAAAGUCAGUUGUAUGGGGUCUGGCCUCUCCAGAUAGACACUUUUGCCUUACCAUUUGAAUAGGAAGUUAAAAAACGCAGGAUUAGUGCGAAAUUUGAAUGAAAGCUUAACAAGCAAAUUCACUUUAAAUUAAUUCUUUUUGUCCACAAUUUGAUGAUUGGCUUCUCUAAAAAGAAUAGAGAAAUUGUCCGAGAAAAUGCUUUUAAGGAAAGGAAAAAAAGACCCUGGUUAAAGUUUAACCCUGGGUUAGCGCUUAUCAGACUUCGAACAAUUGUUAUAUAUUUCAGCGCGGUUGAUGCUGGGAUUGCGAUCGUGAAUGAAGUCGGCCUGGACCCUGGUAUCGAUCAUAUGCUGGCGAUGGAAUGUUUUGACGAUGCGAAAGCUGAGGGAGCUGUGGUAAGGAAGGACUAUUAUUUUGAAGAAAAUACGAUUGGGGAGCAUUGGUUUGAAUCACCAAAAUGGAAUUGAGUGUACCCUCUGCUUUGCGAUAAAAAAAAUUCACAACAUAUGGUCAUUCAACUUCCAGCUAUCAUUCUGUUGCAGGGUUUUUUUUAUUCGUGUUGCUCUAGAUUUUUCUGUGCAAGAUCAUGUCUUAAUUCUCUUUAAAUCUCUUACUCAUUACCAGUCAAGCGACAGCUGCUUACUACUACUCUUCUGCUGUACCAUUUAUCAUUAACUAUUGAGUUUGUCGAUCCAUAAGUGUAAAAAUUCAAGUCAAAGCUCACUUGCGGUACCAUUUAUCAUUAACUAUCGAGUUUCUGGAUACAUAGGUGUAAAAAUUAAGGUAAAAGCUAUGUAAACAGUUCUUUCCUGCGGUGCUGUAAUUAUGCUUUUGAGUCUGCGGAUAAAAUCCUUUAGUGUAACCAUUUAAAUGAAAGAUGAAAAGCAAUACUUUCCUGUGGUACUGGAUGACUGGGGUGACUUGAGCGAAUAGGGUGAGUAAGGUGACUGGGGUAACUUGAGUAACUUAGGUGACUUGGGUGACUAGGAUGAAUUGGGUGACUAGGGUGACUUGGGUGACUAGGGUGACUUGGGUGACUAGGGUGGCUAGGGUGACUUGGGUGACUAGGGGGGCUAUGACUAGGGUGACUUUGGUGACUAGGGUGACUAGGGUGACUUGGGUGACUUGGGUGACUAAAGUGACUUGGGUCACUAAAGUGACUUGGGUGACUAAAGUGACUUGGGUGACUAGGGUGACUUGGGUGACUUGGGUGACUAAAGUGACUUGGGUCACUAAAGUGACUUGGGUCACUAAAGUGACUUGGGUGACUAGGGUGGCUAUGGUGACUAGGGUGGCUUGGGUGAAUGGUGUGACUUGAGUGACUUGGGUGACUUGGGUGACGAGAGUGAGUAGGGUCACCUUAGUUUUAGGUUGUAGUUUAAUGCAUAAAAUGUUUACGUUGCCCAUGUUUUCCCUAUCGGUUUCCUUACGUGUAAAGUAGAAUCCUUGUAACUCAAACUCAUUAGGGAAGCGGAGGAAAUAUUAGUGAAGGUUUGAUCAAAGGAAAGGAAACUUAGUUCGAGUUAGCGGGGAAUUCGAGUUAUCCGAGUUCGAGUUAUGGGGUUCUAAUGUAUAUACCUUCUGUUGGCUUUGAAAACGUCCGAUGUCUUUUUUUUUUCAGGUAAAAUCAUUCCGUUCAUACUGUGGUGGUCUCCCUGCCCCAGAACACGCUGAUAACCCUCUUAGAUACAAGUUCAGGUACUAUGCUUAUUGUUUAAUUAAUUACCAAUUUGUUUAUGCUAAUUUAUGACUUAAUAUCUAAUUAUGCAAAUCGAGGAUGGCCAAACAAAGCUGCCUUAAGCGUCUUUUCAGUUUUUGCGUCUUUUGGUCGUUUCCUUCCUUUGGGUUGGUCCAUUGAGUCCUGCGCCUGCGCUUUCUUUGGUUAGGGCCUUUUGGGGCCCUGUAAUUUGUGCUAAGUGUUUUAUUGUUUGCUUGUUUGUUUUUUUUAGCUGGAGUCCACGAGCGGGUCUGUUGACCAUCAUGAACGGUGCCAGAUACCUUUGGUAUGGAAAGGUAGGUCUUAACAUUUUGGAUACGUACGCAGCACCCUGGGCCUUUGCUUUUCCCUUUGACCUAAGCUUUAUAGUUCGCUGUCUUUCAUGCGGCCACGUUGGGUGACAAGAACACAUUUAGCGGUUGUCUCCUCUGGUAUAUACAAAUUGGGGUGGUGGGGGAAUUGUAUUGUUUUGUCGACGAACAACUCCGCCUUGUCACGUGUCUGAAACCAAGAAUAGGGAGUCCAAGAAAACACGACAGGGACAACACACACAAUACCACGAUGGCGACGAGAACGAAAAUGUCAAAAAAGCGAUAGGUUGAAUAGGCAAAACAACAGCACGCUUUUUUGUACAUUUUUUGCCGUUCCUUCUCUACCACGACGUGGAAAUGCGUAAUUUUAUGUUUUAAGGAGGACGUAACCAAGCGAUGAAGAAAUUCGCUUUCUCUUUCUGAACUUGGAAAUGGUUGUUAUGAAUUCGAGUCCAGAAGAAUUCGCUUGCAUUAUUUUGUAAGCGAGUUGGAAUAAUCUCAAUAGAAAUUGAAAGAAAGUCAGCUCCUUUUUUGAAUGACGUUUUCCGUACCUUAAACUCCACAUGGGGGACAUCAUUGUUUUUCAAAUUUGCAAAGAUUGAAACAAAAGAAUCUUUUGUUACAAGAACCAGUGCGCUUCUGGCUGGCACAUUGAUAUACAAUAGGUGACGUCAGCAUGAGGAUCGCUAUUGUAUAAAAAAAGGUGCUGAUCUUGAAGUACUAAUAAUAACAGUUUGUAUUUUAGACCGUCGAUGUAGCCGCCGGUGGGUCUCUAUUGAACGAAAUCAAACCAACGAACAUGUUUCCAGGAUACAGACUGGAAUGUUACCCCAACAGGGACUCCUUGGCAUACGGCGAUUUGUACGACAUUAGAACUGCUAACACGAUACUCAGAGGAACUCUGCGAUACGAGGUUUGUACUAAAAGAAGGCGACUGUUUCGCAGUCUAGCGUUUAGAGGGCCACUGUGUUAAUAGGCAUGAUGGAACACUGAAGUCUACAGAAUAAAUGCAUUUUUCUCCACCAAGUCGUCAUAUUUGGUUAUCCUCCAAUAAACCUCUCCCUUUCAAUACUGCACUAAAAUGUUCCUCAUAUUAAAAAGUUUCAAGAAUGUUACUUCAUACAAAGAGUUUUUCACGAAUGGAAAUCGGCCUGGGUGUUUAAGCUUGGAUAGAUUAAUUUUAGGAAGAAUAAGCCAUAAUUUAAGUGGGAAUUCAUACUUCAACCUCGUGUGACACUUAGGAAGGAUGCGAAAUUAUACUGAGCUUACCUUUUAAAUGAAGCGUUGUUCAUUUUGUAUUUAUAUCCAAAUGUUUGUCGAAAUUGCUUCUUAUCCUUUUUCAAUACCAUUAGGAUUACAAAAGAGCUCAUAUCUCUUUGCGAUUUAUUUCCCAGGGUUAUGCUACAGCUUGCUUGGCUUUGUUUCAACUUGGAAUGUACAGUUCGGCGGAACGAUCUGAUCUAGCUUUAGCUCACGAACAGCCCUGGGUAAGAUGUUUCUAAGGCAACAUACUUAUUUGUUUGUUGACCAUACACUUGUAAGCCGUUUACCAGAUUAUUUAUUUUGUAGUUUAAGAUUCUAUGACACCCCUUUUCUACCCCGUCCCUAUUAAACUCAACAGGAAGGCAAACUUUUCUCGUAUGGCAAAAUGUCAGGUCAAGGGAGACGUAGGUGGUCCGUUUUCCAAAAUCGUAUUCGCAAUAAUAAUUUUAUGUGAAACCCUUCUCCGACACAUCAAUGUCGGGUUAUUGGAGUGAUAGGUGGGCAGUUUCCUAGCAUCUUAUUAGCUGUAUAACGUUCUCCCCACCUACCCCUCCUCUAAGCCAAGGUUAGCACUGACUUCCCUCGUAUGGCAAAAUUUCGGAUCAAGAGAGGAGUUGGAGGUCCGUUUGCCAGACUCUAAUUCGCAAUUUAAUUGUACCUACCGCUCCCCUAACGCAACGUCAAAACUGACUGCUCUAGUAUGACAAAAUAUCAGUUCCAGAGAGGAGGCCCGUUUAUUAGAAUCUUAUCCGCAAUAUAAUAAAUUAUCUGGGAAACUGCCCACCUACCCCUCCCCUAAUCCAACGUAACUGACUUCUCUCCUAUGGCAAAAUUUUGGGUGAAGGGAGUGUUAAGUGGGCAGUUUCCCAGAAUCUCAUACUGAUCAAUUCAUUCCUAUUUUUUCCCCUACACUUCAGAAACAAGUGUUGGCCAAGCUGGUUGGCAGACCUGACGCCGGCGAAUCCGAGUUGUAUUCGCUUGUAUUUGAGAAAGUAGGCAAAGAUCAAGCUCGUUUGCAGGCUAUCAAGGAGUAAGUACAGUCUUCGUUCGAGUUACUUUUAUUCUAGAUCGUUCAAAGCCCUGUGUUGCUGGGAAAACACUGGAUUCCAUUCGCGUAAAUGUUGUUGGACACCUUAUGAUGCCUACAAAAAUUAAUUGCAUAAACCCUUUAAUUCUCAAGAUCUCAUUAGUAAUUCUCCUUCCUGGCUUCUACACAUUUUUAUUAUUCAUUAGUUAAGAGAAUUUGAGUUUAUGUCAAAAGCGCAUACUCUCGCAGCCUUUUCUCAGCACCUUUUUAUGCUGGAAAAUGUAUUGGAUAUUAAUUAUAGGGAGAAGUUACAUUCCAAUCCCGGAGACAGGGCACUGCCUAUAAUAGUCAUUAGGGUUAAGCAAUGACUAUGGUGAUUAUGAUUAAAGCACUGAAAAUAGUGAUUAAGAGUUAAGCAAUGAUUACCCUCAUUAGGGUUAAUCACUGAAAAUAGUUAUCAGAUUAGUGUUAAGCUCUGACUCAAAAUGGUUAGUGAUCAUUUCCUGUUAGGGUCGAGGCUAUAAAAGUGUAAAUUAAAAUUGCACUGGCCAGUAAAUCCACCAUAGUGAUGCGGUAUAGGCAACGGGCUACAGCGCCUUUCCCUGGAAAAUAGGCCUCUGCCAUCAGGGAAACAGUACCUGCGCCUCCCGUUCGUUUGAACGCGCGAAUAAAGAGGUUAAGCAUCACGUUUACGUCAAGCGGCAAACGGGAAUUUGUACCACGUGACCAGGUUUCCCCUUUGCUUGUCGCCUACUGUUCAUUUUUUCUACACAUAAAUUAGUAUUUUCACGCACUUUUUUAGCCAUAAGGAUUUUCUGAGCUGUUUUUAUCCGCUCAUUUUCCAUUUUGAGAAAUUCCCAACUUGAAUCUGACGUUUGCCGUUUGCCGUAUACAUGAAGCUUAAACUCUCUGAUGGAUCUUCGCGUCGAACCAAACAACUGAAUCAGAUCAGUAAUUAAUUUUCUCCUGAAACAGGUUAAAUUUAGUUUUUCGGAUGAAGAUCGACGUUUUUCUUAUUUAUUGGUUUCAGACGUUCGUCGGAAGCAGAUGGAUAGAAAGAUCCAACCUAAUUUUGACCUUGAGACCAGAUGUGGAUCUUCUGAGACGUUUUAUCCGUCUCAUGAAAAGCUCGAAGGGAUCAAUUUAGGUUUUCUGGGAAACUGCCACCUACCCCUCCCUAAGCCAUCAUUAUCACUUACUUCUCACUUAGGGCAAAAUGUUGGCUUAGGGGAGGGGUAGGUGGGCAAUUUCCCAGAAACCUCAAUUGAGGCGUUUUUGAGCGACGCACGUCGUUCGGAAAUUUGUUUUUCCGCGUUUUACAAAAUUGAAUUUCGAAUUUGUCUGUAAUUUUGACUUUUACCUGUUCUAGUGUUAAAAGGACAGUAGGUCUCUCUGUUGUUGUUACAUUUGAUCUUUUUACUCCACUGUUACUACUCUAUUGUUCGUUUGCCAGCGGCGCCACACGGUUCAAUACUCUAAAUGCUGGCUUUUCAAUGUCCUUCGCUUGUGUAUGACUUUUUCCAAAUAUCAGCUCGAUGAACGCAACGCGAAAUUGUCUUAGUCUGACACAGUAAAUUAUAGGGUUUACUAGUGAGUUAGCUGUAAUUGUCAAGAUCACUGUAAAGGUGAGAAUAUCCCGUAAAUUAACUGAUUUUACAACGUCGUUCUUGAUUAGUAAACCGGCGAAAAGAAGAGGUAAAUAACUCAGCAUUAAGAAAAAGAGUAUAGUUGUUGUCGUUUUGAGAGCUUUCUUCUCCUUCAAUUUCUUUUGUUUAACUUCCACUGAAACUUGCUGAUUCGCAAUUUCUUUUUCGUGGCGACGAGCCUCGCGAUAAAGCACAGCUUGGCAGAAUACAAUAAUGGCUAGCGGCGUGAUUACGCUGGUAAUCUUUGUUAUACUAAAAAAUGAUGUAAGCAAAGUCAGUACCAAUGCCAUGAUCCAAAGAAAAACGGAUAAAUAUAUUAAACGAACUUCCGUGACGAUGGUUAUGUACUGUAAAGUAUGUUUGAUCGCUAUGUAGCGCUCCAGGUUUAUCAUAACCAUGUGAAGGAGUGAUGAAAGAGUUAACAGUUUAAAUAUAAAUUGGCACAAAAGUGUUUGCCACAGAGCGUCGUCCCCUUGUCCGCGUGCUAUCAACCAGGAGAUAAAAACAGGUUGUCCAAUUGCGCCCAUUACGACAUCGGUGAUCGCCAAACAUGCCAGUGUAAUAUUGGAUUGGGUUCUCAAAGAAGACUUGGUUUUUACACAGAUUAUGAUCAGUACAUUGAGAAUAGUUGUUAGAGGACAAGUUAUAAUGCUUGCGACUGUGAUGAAGACAAGCACUGCAAAGGCUUCUCCAGUUACAGGCUCUUUGCCUUCUUGCCGAUCAGUCGCAUUUGUGUCCAUGUCUUCUGUGUGAGAAAGACAGUUGGUUUGGGUUCCGUUUUUAUUAGUUUUAUUACAAAUUCUCCAGUUUCAAGUUGGAUUUUAAAUAUAUUUUCUCUCUUUCAUUUUAUUAAUUCUCAUAGACUUUGCUCUUGACAAUCUACGGAUAUCGCUAGGAGAAAAUUGAUGUUGGUCACUGUUAGGACUUAAAGGGUUAAAUUAUUUUAUGUACUUUCAUCAAUAAAGAAAACCGACCUACUUUAAUAAUAAGCUUUCGGCAACUUAAAAUGUCCAGCCAAGUUUUAAACUAUCCACCAAGGAUAUAUAAAGUAAUUACCAUCUUUAAAAAGUACAAACGAAAUCAAAACGUGUCAACCAAAUUAAAAUAGUCCGACUUAAUAGAAAGUUAGACUGUUUACACGGUAUACCCCAGAAUCAUUACUUAAAUUUUGUGGAGUCUCACUUUUGACGAAAAAUUGCUUUUGGUUUUGCUGAAAUAAAUUAUUGUACAGUUAUUAAGGUGCUUUUUAAGCAAAUUCGAACAACAGCUGAAUCAGAGAUUAUGUUUCUGAUCAAUUGUUGUUAUCCGCUUCAUAGAAUCAGACUUUGCAUUUGAUUUGCAUUAUUCGAAUACUGACAUUAGUUGCUCGCUGAGGCGCCAAAAGUAGCAAACAAACAAACAAACAAACAAACAAACAACAAAUGACUAAGUAAAUAAAUAGACGACUAAUGUGACAAAAUAUUUUUUUUCUGUUUUAUUUAUUUAUUUUUUCAAGCACUUCUGUUUUUAUAACUUUCUUGCAAAAAAAAGUCGUUCUAUUGAUGUUAACACAAAAGCACUUUGAUCAAUACGCCUAGCAUUUUAUGAAAAAUCAAUUUUCUGCGCGAAAGUUUAGCAUAAAAAUUGUCGUUAACUUAAGACGUUAUCCUAUUCCUUUUUUGGCUUAUUGAGAUUAAAAGGUUUCCCCGGCCAAUGCCUUUACAAUAACUGACUUGUUUGCAUUUUUCUUGUUGUUUUCACGUUUGCCUGCGAUUUUUGUCCACUGGGUCAUUGUUUUCAUUUUGAUGCGUUUUCGACGUUUUCGACCUUAUACACUUACAUACAAUAGGUAUGCGUUUUUCUUUGAUCCACUUUCAAGAACUUUUUCAAAUCCGCGAUGCAUUUUCGAUAAAAAGACGCUCGGCGCGUUAGGCGCCGUCCACACCAAUCCGGGUAUUUUCGAAACCGGAUCCUUUUAACUCGAAUCGGCGUUUCGUCCACACGAAACCAGUGAAUCCGGUCACCGAAACCGUAUCUUUUUUAAACCGCUCUCCACAGUGGUUUAAGACCCUAUCAACACGAUUCCGGAUAAAAAAAAAUAUGCGUCUUCAAACGUGUUAGGAUUCGUGUGGACAUGGCCUUAAUGUGAUGUUACACGGGACGAUUCGCAACGACGACGAUAUUUGGCGCAAGACAGCGUUGCAAUGUUGAAACAAUGUUGCAAGUAUUCAAAACAAUGUCGCAACAAUGUUGCAACGCUGUGUUGUGCAAAAAAUCGUCGUUACGAAUCGUCUCGUGUAACAUCACCUUUAGAAUGGACGGUAGACUGCAAAACAGUCCGUAUUUUUGCGUAUUCAAGUACGCGCGAGCAGUCAAAGAUAAGUCUCUCGCCUCACACGCCCUUCGCGCGCGUAAGACCGUUACGCCACGCUACCGAUUUCUUUACUGAUUUUGAGAAAAAAACCGACUGUUUUGCAGUCUAAAUGGACGGAAGGCCUAAACGCCUAAUUGUUUUUCAGCAUUUUGCCUAAAGAAAGGAGGAAUUUGUGUGUGAGUUUGAGUUUUAAUUUGUAAUUCUAAGUACAAUACGACCGUCGUAAUCUUACGAUGUUAGUGUAGGUAAUAGCAUGAUUUGUAGUGAAAUUUGGCAUAAAUACCACGAGUGAUAUUUCGAAAUUGUUAUACGUCAUUUCACGAGCCGUUAGGUGUUUGAAUUGUGAUACAAUUUUGAAAUAUCACGAGUGGUAUUUAUGCCAAAUGUCACGUACAAAUCAUGCUUUUAUUUUUUUAUACUACUACCCACAAAUGGUUUGUAAUUUUCACAUGUAGGUUUUUCAAAUUAAGCUGAAAUAUCACCGCUCUAAGCCAAUUAAAUUGCAGAAAUUUCUCAUGUAGUAGUAUAAAAAUAUUUAUACUAAUACAUGAAAAAUUUCUGCAAUUUGAUUGGCUUAGAGUAGUAAUUUGAAAUACCCACAUGUGAAAAUUACAAACCAUUUGUGGAUAAGAGUAUAAACAAAUAAUAGGAUGAUUUGUACUCGCAAAAAACGUGUAUUAAAUUUCUUUGCAAGUCCUUGAAAAGUCCAUGCCUUUUCUUCAACUUUGAAUGCAGUAGCCUGGAAAGAAUUUUUUGAUGCUUUUUGGUUGUCCAAGACAGAAUAUAAAUCGUAGCUCAGUGAAUGUAAAGGUCAUUUACAUAAAGUGCUCCAUGUUUUAUGCAAUAAUUAACUAUCAGUUUAAGACAAGUGAACUGAAAAAUGCAGAGAAUUUGGUGAAGCAAACAGUUAAAGCCUUAAAGUCUUAUUAGAAUAUACUGGGAAUAUGCAUUUUUGUACAAUCUGUGAAAUUAUAUUCCUAGUAGGUUGUCCUUGAAAAUCUAAUGUGGUCCUUGAAAAGUCCUUGAAAAGUCCUUGAAAAAUGGUUGCAAUUUUUUGUAUGAACCCUGUUAGGAUUUUCACGCAUUUUUUUAAUCCAUAAGAAUUUCCUGAGCCGUUUUUAUCUACUCAUUUUCCAUUUUGAGAAAUUCUCUAUUGGAAUCUAACGUUUGCCGUUUGCCGUAUACGUGAAGCUUGUAGUGGCCGGAUCCUCAUGUCGAAUCUGAAUCAGAUCAGUAAUAAAUUUCUCCUGAAAGAGGUUAAAUAUACAUUUUCAUACAAUUUUUCUUAUUUAUUAGUUUAGUUCGUCGCAUGUGAAGAUCGACGUUUGUCCUGGAGACCGUGGAUCUUCAGACGUUCUAUCCGUCUCAAGCUCUAAGGGAUGAAUUUCGGUUUCUGGGAAACUGCCUACCCACCCCUCCCCUAAGCCAUCAUUAUCACUUACUUCUCACUUAGGGCAUAAUGUUGACUUAGGGGAGGGGUAGGUGGGCAAUUUUCCAGAAACCUAAAUUGAUCAAAGGCGUUUUUGAGCGACGCACGUCAAUUGGAAAUUUGUUUUUUGGCAUUUUACAAAAUUGAAUUUCAAAUUUGUCUGUAAUUUUGACUUUUACCUGUUCUAGUGUUAAAAGGACAGUAGGUUCUCUGUUGUUGUUACAUUUGAUCUUUUUACUCCCAGUUCCCUGUCCUGCACUGAGAUUGUUCGUUUUCCAGCGGCGCCACGCGGUUCAAUACUCUAAAUGCUCGCUUUUCAAUGUCCUCCGCUUGUGUAUGAGUUUUUCCAAAUAUCAGCUCGAUGAACGCAACGCGAAAUUGUUUUACUCUGACACAGUAAAUUAUAGGGUUUACUAGUGAGUUGGCUGUAAUUGUCAAGAACGCUGUAAAGGCGAGAAUUUUCCGUAAAUUAACUGAUUUUACAACGUCGUUACUGCCUAGUAAACUGACGAAAAGGAGAGGUAAAAAACUCAGCAUUAAGAAAAAGAGCACAGUUGUUGUUGUUUUUAGAGCUUUCUUCUCCUUCAAUUUCUUUUGUUUAACUUCCGCUGAAACUUGCUGAUUUGCAAUUUCUUUUUCGUGGCGGCGAGCCUCGCGGUAAAGCACAACUUGGAAGAAUACAACAAUGGCUAGCGCCGUGAUUACGCUGAUAAUCCCUGUUAUACUAAAAAUGAUAUAAGCAAAGUCAGUACCAAUGACAUGAUCCAAAGAAAAACGGAUAAAUAUAUUAAACGAACUUCCGUGACGAUGCUUGUGUACUGUAAAGUAUGUUUGAUCGCUAUGUAGCGCUCCAGGUUUAUCAUAACCAUGUGAAGGAGUGAUGAAAAAGUUAACAGUCUAAAUAUAAAGUGGCACAAAAGUGUUUGCCACAGAGCGUCGUCCCCUUGUCCGCGUGCUAUCAACCAAGAGAUAAAAGCAGGUUGUCCAAUUGCACCCAUUACGACAUCGGUGAUCGCCAAACAAGCCAAUGUAAUGUUGGAUUGGGUUCUCAGAGCAGACUUGGUUUUUACACAGAUUAUGAUCAGUACAUUGAGAAUAGUUGUCAGAGGACAAGUUAUAAUGCUUGCGACUGUGAUGAAGACAAGCACUGCAAAGGCUUCUCCGGUUACAGGCUCUUUGCCUUCUUGCCGAUCAGUCGCAUUUGUGUCCAUGUCUUCCGUGUGAGAAAGACAGUUGGUUUGGGUUCCGUUUUUAUUAGUUUCAAUGGAUUAAAUUAUUUUAUGUACUUUCAGUAAUAAAGAAACCCGACCUACCUUAAUAAUAAGCUUUCGGCAACUUAAAAUGUCCAGCCAAGUUUUAAAGUAUCCACAAAGGAUAUAUAAAGUAAUUACCAUCUUUAAAAAGUACAAACGAAAUCAAAACUUGUCAACCAAAUUAAAAUAGUCCGACUUAAUAGAAAGUUACACUGUUUGCACGGUGUACCCCAGAAUCAUUACUUGAAUUUGUGGAGUCUCACUUUUGAAGAAAAAGUGCUUUUGGUUUUGCUGAAAUAAAUUAUUGUAUAGUUAUUAACUGCGAACAACAGCUGAAUCAGAGAUUAUGUUUCUGAUCAAUUGUUGUUAUCCGCUUCAUAGAAUCAGACUUUGCAUUUGAUUUGCAUCGUUCGAAUACUGACAUUAGUUGCUCGCUGAGGCGCCAAAAGUAGCAAACAAACAAACAAACAACAAAUGAAUAAGUAAAUAAAUAGACGACUAAUGUGAGAAAAUAUUUUUUUCUGUUUUAUUUAUUUAUUUUUUCAAGCACUUCUGUUUUUAUAACUUUCUUGCAAAAAAAGUCGUUCUAUUGAUGUUAACACAAAGGCACGAAACGUCAGCGACUUAUUUGUAAUCACGGUUUCUUUGAUCAAUACCCCUAGCAUUUUAUGAAAAAUCGAUUUUCUGCGCGAGAGUUUACCAUAAAAAUUGUCGUUAACUUAAGACGUUAUUCUAUUCCUUUUUUGGCUCAUUGAGAUUAAAAGGUUUCCCCGGCCAAUGCCUUUACAAUAACUGACUUUUUUGCAUUUUUCUUGUUGUUUUCACGUUUGCCGGCGAUUUUUGUCCACUGGGUCAUUGUUUUCAUUUUGAUGCGUUUUCGACGUUUUCGACCUUAUACACUUACAUACAAUAUGUAUGCGUUUUUCUUUUGAUCCACUUUCAAGAACUUUUUCAAAUCCGCGAUGCAUUUUCGAUAAAAAGACGCUCGGCGCGUUAGGCGCCGUCCACACCAAUACGGGUAAAUUCGAAACCGCGUCCUUUUUACCCGAAUCGGCCUUUCGUCCACAGGAAACCAGUGAAUCCGGUCACCGAAACCGUAUCUUUUUUAAACCGCUCUCCACCGUGGUUUAAGACCCUGUCAACACGAUUUCUGUUCGGAUUCGUGUGGACAUGACCUUAAUGUGAUGUUACACCGGACGAUUCGCAACGACGACGAUAUUUGGCGCAACACAGCGUUGCAAUGUUGAAACAAUGUUGCAAGUAUUCAAAACAAUGUCGCAACAAUGUUGCAACGCUGUGUUGUGCUAAAAAUCGUCGUUACGAAUCGUCUCCUGUAACAUCACCUUUAGAAUGGACGGUAGACUGCAAAACAGUCCGUAUUUUUGCGUAUUCAAGUACGCGCGAGCAGUCAAGCAUAAGUCUGGAAUGAGGCUGAAAUCAGAGAGCGAGACUGGGGAGAGCCCUUCGCGCGCGUAAGACCCUUACGCCACGCUUUACCGAUUUCUUUACUGAUUUUGAGAAAAAAACCGACUGUUUUGCAGUCUAAAUGGACGGAAGGCCUAAACGCCUAAUGGUUUUUCAGCAUUUUGUCUAAAGAAAUGAGGAAUUUGUGUGUGAGUUUGAGUUUUAAUUUGUAAUUCUAAGUACAAUACGACCGUCGUAAUCUUACGAUGUUGGUGUAGGUAAUAGCAUGAUUUGUAGUGAUAUUUGGCAUAAAUACCAGGAGUGAUAUUUGGAAAUUGUUAUACGUAAUUUUACGAGCCGUUAGGCGUGUGAAUUGUGAUACAAUUUUGAAAUAUCACGAGUGGAAUUUAUGCCAAAUGUCACGUACAAAUCAUGCUUUUAUUUUUUUUAUACUACUACCCACAAAUGGUUUGUAAUUUUCACAUGUAGGUUUUUCAAAUUAAGCUGAAAUAUCACCGCUCUAAGCCAAUCAAAUUGCAGAAAUUUGUCAUGUAGUAGUAUAAAAAUAUUUAUACUACUACAUGAAAAAUUUCUCUUAUUUGAUUGGCUUAGAGUAGUAAUUUGAAAUACCUACAUGUGAAAAUUACAAACCAUUUGUGGAUAAGAGUAUAAA